AUGGUAUCUGAUCAAACCUAUGAGAUAUGUCUUCCUGUGCUUCAGGACGAUACACUCGAUGAUGAGGAGAGGACUGAUAAAGUGGAGGAACUUCUGAAAAAGAAAACGAGCCUAACAGGGACCUCUCUCGAAAACACAGUCUUGGAUAUUCUUUGGCGUCAUCGAGAGGCAACAAUCUCAACUUCACCCACACUGUCACGACAUGCUGUCUUACGGAGACCCUCACCUGCACCUUGGCCCUCAUCUAGAUGUGGGGCUGCUACUUGUUCUCCUCGUCUAGGGGUCAGCCCUCUUGCUCCGCCCGGAUUUAUUCCUCAGUCAUUCAAUCGAACCAAAUCUUCGACUGUAUCGCCUUUCACAUCACCUCGCCCUUCUCCUAGAUUAGCUUUCUCCAGUCCUGCCAUACCACAUAGUCCUAGUCUAAAUGCCUAUGAAUUUCCCACCGAUACCAGUCCUGCACAAGAUAAUUACGGGGAUUAUGGAAGCGAAAAUGUUGACUGGCUCGUGAAUGAUGAUAUUGGAAGUAAUGGCUCAUCUCUUGGCGCACACAGUGGUCUUAAUGCAGCUGCAGCCGAGUACAUACAGCCUCAACAGUCAGAUAUGAGUCCGUAUGACAUGCUACGAUCAAUUUUGGGCCCUUCAAAGUCAGAUGAGGAGAUAGAAGCUGCUCUUGCGAUUCAUGGUUAUGAUCUAAGUGCAACAAUUAUGGCUUUUAUGGAUAUUCAAAACGGAAACAUAGAUGCAGCUCAGGCACGAGCUGUAGACGCUAAAAAUUCUAUUUUGAUUGGUAAAUCUAUGACUCCAGAGAUUCAUCGACCCACCACCCCAGCUGGCCAACCUAAGAACGGAGUUAUUUGCAGGUUCUGGCUAUCUACAGGACAGUGUCUCAGGGCGGACUGUAAAUUUAGCCAUGAUCUUAGUAAUCAUAUCUGCAAGUACUGGGUCAUGGGUAAUUGUCUAGCUGGAGAUACCUGCAUUUUCUCUCAUGAUCCGACUCACUUUAUGAGUCGCUUGGCAAUAGAUGGUAGUAACACACCCCCUCUCCAGAAUCCAUUAUCAAUCCAGUUCCAAGAUUUCAAUGCGUUUCCUUCAUUGCAUUCUGUGCAAGAUGAUUGGCCCAACUCUUACAACUCCUCGAGUACCUUUAGUAAUUAUCAAGGAGCAACAUUCACAGCACCUCCUGGAUUUAAAUUGAUGCAAGGAUAUGUAAGUGAUGGGUCUAGUCAAAGAUCCCGCCCAAGUAGCAGGCAUCAAGCUUCUCGAGAUAUGAACAUAUCUGCUCCUGCUCUGGACGAUACUGAAGCCUUCCCAUCGCUUGGUGCAGUAAUCGGAAAGGGUAGUAAGAAACACCAUGGUAAGCGAGGAGGUCAUGGAACUGUUAAGGAAAAUAUGACACCAAGCUCACUAGCCGAGCUUGUUAAAAUGUCCAAUUCUUUAGGGUCUAUCCAGCUACGACAUGACAACAAAAAGCUUGGCAGGAACGGGAGUGCUUCCAACAUUAGUAGUGGGGAAAAUAGUGCCGCUGCACAAGCAAUACCAAGUCCUCGACAAAUUCCGUGGUUAGAGACCGGUGAUAAAGCAAAUAAAGCAUAUCUCAAAGCUAGACAAGAAGCAAUUAGACAUGGCGGAUUAAGAAACAAAUUUCUUCAAAGCGCCGCUCAAGCUUGGAACCGCAAUGAUGCCCGAGCAGCAAAGGCACUUAGUCUACGUGGUCAAACUGAAAAUGACAAUAUGAGGAAGGCGCAUAGAGAUGCUGCCCGUCAGCUGUAUGAAGAACGAAAUCGAAGAAAUAACUCUAAUUGCGAGAUAUAUGUUGAUCUUCAUGGUCUCCACCCCGAAGAAUCUGUUGAGUAUCUUGAAAAAGUACUCCUUGAUAAUCAGCAAGAAACGCGUCCCGUCUAUGCCAUAACUGGUACUGGUCAUCACAGUAAGAACGGGAAAGAUAAAGUUGGUAAAGCCAUUCGAGGUUUCCUUAACGAGUGGCGCUAUGCUUAUCGUGAGUUCUCUGUCCCUGGUGAUAGAAACAAUGUCGGUGGUAUACUUGGUAUCGACGCUAGAUCAUAUGACAAGUCUUUAGUUCGAGAAGAGAACGCUGAAGAUUCUCACCUCAAGGCUGAACACGUUGAUAUCCUAAGCCAAGGGCACGAAAUAGGGCAAGGAAAAGUGCGCCUGUUGGUGAGAGACCUGCCAAAAGGUCCUAAUGGAAGUCGAUAA